AUGGAGCCGUCGUCUGCCGACGGGGGCUUCUUCCAAGAGGCGCCCGUUUUGAGGAACCAGUUCGACGAUGAUGCGUCGUUCCAGCGGUGUUUUAAAUUAUUCCUCUCUCCGGAGGUGGCGUCCAGGGCUGGCGGCGAGGUAUCGACGCUCGGGCGGGACGUCAUCUCGGACCAGGUCUUCACCUGGGUCGCUGAAGCAGAACACAACAAGCCGUACCUCAGGGGAUCGGGGCGGGACGCCUUUGGGAAGUGGAAGGGCGAGCUGGUCACCGGCGAGGGAUGGCGGAGUCUGCGCGCCUUCGGGCAGUCAAGAGGAAUGGUGGCCACGGGCUACGACACGCCCUACGGCGCCUUCGCGCGUCCUCUUCAGUUCCUGCGCACCCACCUCUGGGUCGGGUCCUGCGCAAACGUGGGCUGCCCGUCGGCCAUGCAGGACGGCGCGGCGUGCCUCCUCCGGCGCCAUCUCACGCACCCGGAGCUCUCUGCUGCGCUGUCCGCCGCGGAGAAGAGGGUCUUUGCGGACGCGUACGGGCGUCUGACGUCCCGCGAUGCCGGGCAUGCCUGGACCAGCGGGCAGUGGAUGACGGAGCGGACGGGCGGGAGCGACGUUUCGCUCACGGAAACCGUCGCCACGUACCGGCCAGACGGCGCCGAUGGCCUCGCCUCCAGGCAGGGCCAGAUCCCCCUGGGGCCGUGGUCCAUCAGCGGGUUCAAGUGGUUCUCCAGCGCCACGGACGCCGAAAUGGCGGUCCUCCUGGCCAGGACCGCGGCCGGAGGACUGUCGGCGUUCCUCGCCCCGAUGCGGAGGCACGACGCCGGGGCGACGACGUUGACGGGCGAGCCCAGGGAGGACGGCACGGUCCUCAACGGCGUCCGCAUCCAGCGGCUCAAGAACAAGCUGGGCACGCAGUCGCUCCCCACGGCAGAGCUCGUGCUGGACAACAUGCGCGGCUGGAUGGUGGGCCGGGAGGGAGGAGGCAUCCACGAAAUCAGCACCAUCCUCACCCUCACGCGCGUCCACUCGGCCGUCGCGGCCGUGGGCGGCGUAGGUCGCGGCCUGGGGAUAGCGCGGGCCUACGCCCUCGUUCGACACGUCGGCGCCGGCAAGCGCGAGAGGACGAGGCUGGUCGACAGCCCGCUGCACAUGAGGACGCUGGCCAACAUGUCGGCCGAGUACCGCGGCCUCAUGCUCGUCACCUUUUACACGUCGUACGUGCUGGGCGUGUCGGAGCACUCGCUCGACGCGAGGCCCCCGCCGGCGCUGGAAGCCCUCACGCCGCAGACGAGGAGCCUCGCCGGGCCGCUGCUCCGGAUCAUGACGCAGCUCGCCAAGGCCUAUGUCUGCAAGCCCAGCGUGGCGCUGCUGUUCUCCUGCAUGGAGUCGCUGGGCGGCGUGGGCUAUCUUGUCAACGAGGAGCAGGAGUAUCUCAACGUGGCGCGUAUAUACAGGGAUACGUGCGUGCUGCCCAUCUGGGAGGGCACGACGGAUGUUUUAUGCACGGAUCUGAUCCGCGCCAUGAAGCACACGCGCCGCGGGGCGGAUUCACUGGCGGCCUUGGACGAGGUUAUCCGCAAGGCGUGGGCGUUCCAGGGCAACAAGAUUGGACAGCCGCCCGGCUGGAAACCGGUUGAGAGGUGGGCCGCGUUGAAGGCCAAGAUUGAGGGGACGCCGCAGGCCGACUUGAUGGGCGAGGCGCGUGAGCUUGUCUGGCAGCUGGGCCAUGUGCUCUGUUCGCUGUUGCUCUACGUCGAUGCGGGCACGGACGGGAGCCCAGCGGCCAAGGAAGUGUUUGUCCGGUUCGUCGAGGACAAGUUUGCCGGGGUGCGCCGGAGGCCGAGAGGGCGCACGGAGGAGGAGUUGGCCAAGGAUCGUGCCAUUGUAUACGGCGAUGGGGGCGCCGCCGCGGCCAAGCUGUAG